AUGCCCCGGCGAACACGAGUUAUUUUAUUGUCCAUAUACGUAUCUACACAGAUCCUCGUCAUUCCCCCAUACUCUCUACCCCAUCAACCGCUCGACAAGCUGCUGGGUACGCAAAGACGGAGGCGUGACCAAAAUACCGUAUUAACGUGGUUACCGUUCCAAAUUAAUACCGUUUCUGUAUAUUAUAUCUAAGUAGUAUGCCGGACUUGUCGUCUUUAGAAAACAAAAAAAACAAAAUUAAAAGGGAUUCAGUUUUAUUUAUUUGUUUUGUUUUCCUUUGUUCGCAGAUUACUUAAAGUAUUGCUACGAACUGGAACAGAAACAGAAUUUGUUCCGUGAGAGGAGCAAAGAAGAAACGGAAGCCGCCCACGACUUACUCGAACUUUCCAGGUGAUUACAUUUAUAUAAUAGAGUCGAUGAGUUCGUUUUAUGUGAGCCCAGACGAUUUUCUCGUCACCGAGACAGUAGACAAUACGUCGGAUAUCUAAUCCGUUUUACAAUUUAUUUUUAAAACACUACCAGUAACUGAGAAACAUUUUUAAACAGAGGUUAUUCAAUUAUUCAUCCUUCCUAGAUUAUUACAUCUACACAAUAUAUAUCAAUGUUAUUUUACAUUUUUUGUCCGGUAUAUAUGUAUAUUUAAGGUGAAGUGUAAUUUGGGUUUAAUUUUAAGCUGUAUCAAAAAAAAUAUAUAUAUAUAUGUAUAUUAAAAAUUUAACCCUAUAAUAUGAUAAUUUAAAAUUAAAUUACACGCGUCGCCAGUAGCGUACCUUUGUUAUUUCCAUCGCCUUAUUAUUUCAUCAUUAUUUUAACGAAUGUACGGGUAUUAUUUAUUUACGAAUAUAUGUAAAAAAAAAAAAAAUGUUCAAAGGGUUCGAUAUAACUAUAAAUAAUGCAUAUACGAGCGGGGGAUAGUCAGUUUUUAAAUUAUUCACAAUAUACUGAAAUAAUUAUAAACUCGUCGGCGAUAUGCGAUGACGUUAAACAUUUCGACGAUGAUUUAUCAUUGCGUUUAUUCGUUUUAAAAAUAUAUUCAGCUUUUCUACGUUGAAUAGCGAAUAAAUUAUAUUUUAUGAAAACCGAAAAUCUCAAACCGAUAAAAAUGAUGUAUACUCUCAGCGAGUCUCAUUGGGUUUGACCUUACAAACGAGGCGGAGAUGACGAGUCCGUAUUAUAAUAUAAUCGAUACUCUGUGAGUAAAUUGGGUAAGCCCGGUAUCCAUCGAAUACCACGAGAGUGAAUCCACGAAAUAUUGAACUAAUAUGUUGCCCGAAAAUUGUUUUAUCUCGAUCAAGUCCGGAUUCUCUACUCGUCCAAAGGGAUCGGAUCAAAUGUUUGAAAAAGUGAGAUAUAAUGAGAAAUUAAAAAAUGAGAUAUUAAAAGUACAAAAAAAAAAUAGUUACGUCAUUUUUUGUUGCGGAAAGCGAUGUAGUAAAUACGCCAUGACGUGACAAUAUAAUAUAAAACGUAUGUAUUUGAAAUUGUUUCUAUCGAGUCAAUCGUAGUCUCUAAGUCUCUGAAUCAUUGCAUAUCCCAUCAUAAGCAAAUAUUUUAUGGGUUAGUCAAUACUACCCGCCCUAUUAAUUUGAUGACUGUCAUCUAACUUUGUAUUUCUUAAUAGACUCUAUAAUAUCGUCAGCUAUCUAUAGUCAUUUUAUCUAUCAUCUGUGGUCCAAAUAGAUUCGCGCAAGUCAACCCUCAAAUUAUACGUUUUAUGGAAACCGUUUAGAUGGGAUUAUCGUUUUCGACAGCGUUAUAACAUUAUUAUUUUAUCGCCGUCAAACAACCGCAGAGGUCGGGUCAUGUUGAUCAAUUUCGUGGAUAUUUUUAUAACCAAGCCUAAUUUAUUUUGGUCCGCAUCGUCGGCAUUUUAUAUAUUGAUCGUACACCAUUUAACGUUAUGAAAUAUGACUAGGGACGAUAAAUGCUGCACGUUUUCGAAGGACGUUCGAAACAGUUCUUCGAUCUUAAAGCAUCAUUCCGCAUACAAAAUAUGGAUUACAGACUUUCGAAAAAAAUAUUACUCAUAAUAGCUCUAAAAUUAAUUUUAUUCCGUUUACGAUACGCAAUUAACUCAAUACCUGCUAUACUAUAUCAACGUAUUUUUGCCGACAAUUUCCAUUUAUCGAUUUUUCGGGUUAAUAUUUUACCAUAACGUUAUUGUUAUUUGUUCAAAAUUUGUUUGCGACAUUUUUUUGCGCCUUUUCUACGUUUAGACGUUUUUAUCGGCGAGUUUAUUACGUCUCGUUUGGAGAAAAAAAAAAUGAAAUAACACGAAUACACUUAUAUAUAUAUAUAUACGUUCCCAAUAUUUAAUGUGUCGCAUAAUAGCAGUAGUGUAUUAAGGAUUUCAUUAAAAGGGGGAUAUCGGAUUAGGAAAUUGCAUCAAAUUUUAUAAUGUUGAGUUUAAAAAAAAAAAAAAACAAAAAUCAAUAUUUAAUUUUUAUACUUGAAUGUUAUUCAAAUUUCCCUAAAUUUAUAACUAAUAUCAUACAAAUAUAUAGGUAUUAGCAAUUGUUAUUAGUUUUUUUGCUAUUUAAGUACAAUAAUUCGACAUUCUUCAUAUUACAAUAGUUCAGAUGAGUUUCGUUAUAAACAAGAACAUAUUGUAUUCGUUUGAGUUUUUUUGAAUUUUUAACCAUAGGUAACAAUGUAUUUUUGUUUCUUUUGACUAAAAAUUAAAUAAAUUUAAAUUUAAAGAUAAGUAGUCAUAAAAAAUAAUGGAUACUAAAAAUAAAUUAAGAGGGGCACAUAUACUUCCACCGUAAAUACGCCACUGCGUGACGGGUUGGUUGGAAAUUCAUCGAGGGACAGAGACAACGAUAAAAAAGAGUAAAUAGACGAAUAUAAUUCGAUUUGAUUUUUUUUAUUUUUUUUACUGUAUAAAAUAUUAGCGAGCGUAACCAUUAGUGACCGUGACGAUAAAAUAUUACGGUGUUCGCAUACACGAAAAGUGUAUAAAGUUGUUACAUUUUUGAUCAUCGCUGGCGUAUAAAGUUUGCAAGAAAUAAAAAUUCAUCAAGUUUCCCCGCGAGACUCCGAAACUUUCGAAAUUAAAACAAUCCUUUGAAAUUAUUGCGCGGGAAUAUCCGCACGAAAAUGGCGCGUCUUCUUCGAAAUCGAAAUAACUUAGUUAAAAACUUUUAUUUCGACACAUUUUUCUAUAUAUCCGGCGAAUUUGUGACAAUAAUACUACCAGUUUGUAUUUCUCAUUCGAGCAGAAGGAAUGGAGGGGAGGGGUGGAAAACUUACUUCAUUGUUGUAACUUCUAAACUUUCUGCACAAAGAUAGAUUCGUUCGUAUUUUUUCUCAGUCUUCUCUUUUUCUAAUCGUUUCACGAAAACGAUAAUGGAAUAAAAAAAAAAAUAUUGUCGUCUGCUGUACAGAAUAACGAAAACAAACGCACGUAGAAGUAUAAAAUAUAGCAUAUAAUAUACAGCAACAGUGACGCAACAAUAACGAAUCUACGAAGUCUUAAAAACGUCUGUAAAAUACUUAUCGUCUUUUAAUUAUUUAUUUAUUUUUUUUUUUUUUAAUGUAUAAAUCGGAUUAUCAAACUAGAAGCGAGAGAAAAAGAGAGUGAGAUAGAAAUAAUAAGAAAUGUUGUCGUCGACUAUAGUUUUUGUAGUAAUAUUUGAAUGUUAAUAUUUAUGAGAAACAAAGUAUUUACUCAGCCGAGUAAAAUAUCAUACCACUCGUAAUGUAUUUAAAACGUAAUUCGUCUCUGUUCUAUAUUAUAGAGGGGCAAAAAAAUUCCCAUCGAAACUUAUUGAAUCGAGUUUACUGAGAUAUGUUUCUUAUAUUAUACCUUCUAAAGGUAAUUCUUCAAAAAAAAAAAUUGAUGGUGGCGGUGUUCUGGAAGAAAUUUUAGAAUAAACAGUUGGAUGAAUGAUUUAGAUUUGUAAUAUGUGCGAUAAAUGUAAUUUCAAGAGUGAUAUAUUAUAAACUAAUUUUUAAAAUCGCAAAAGAUUUCAAUGGUUAAUAAUUUUUAAACGAAAUACAAUUACUGUUAGACAUUUUUACUAAAUUUUUGAAAAAUAUGUUGUAUUAAUAAUUAUAACUUAUUCUUCUUCAAACUGUUGACAUUAUUAUUACCGUUGUUGCAAACCAAAUUAUACCUCCCGUUCUCUCUGUCUUGAGCUACUUCACUGCAAUUUGCUAUCUCUUUUUAUCUUAAUGAUUUUUUCUUGCUUUUAUCGAUCGCUUUCUAUCGGUCUCUUCGUCCGGGACGGGGGAGGGAGGGACAAUUUAAAACGUCAUUUUUUAUCGAUUUCAACUUGAUUGUACGGGAUAGCCUUCUCACGCAUGAAUAUCCAUUGAUAUUGGAAAAAAAUAAAAACAUUUUUUUUUAAUUAUUAUUUUUACUUACCUAAAAUAAGAUUUAAGUAUGGUGGUAUCAUAUGACAGCAUCUCGUAUUAUAUAUAUAUAUAUAUAUGUAUGUACAUUAUAGUAUUUAAAAAAAAUACAAGUAUUAAAAUUCAGUGGUAUCAUAAUAUGAUGUCACCGUGCAUGAAGAGGUUUAGUGGGGUUAUAGAUUGUGUUAGGCCGAAGUAUCAUAACGGUUUACAUUUUAACUCACGAUACAUCAGCUGUACGAUUAAUAUCAUAUAAUAUUAUUUGUAUAGAUCAUUGCCGCCAUUGCCACCGCCGAGCACGGUAACGUUGGCCGCGCCUACGCCGCCAGAGACGCCCGUGGGCUCAGGAGCCGGCGAUGGGUCUCCGCAAUUCGUUUACGUGUCUGCGGCCGUCUCCGCCGCCCCGCUGACCCCGCCCGCAUCCGAGUACUCGUCGGACGCAGAGAACACCGCGGCAGACGUGAACGCUGGACCGGCCGGUGCGACCGCCUCCGUGGUGGCCACCGUGUACGGUCUCAUCGACUACGUCAUCGAACGGGCCGGUGUGCCCUCGGCCGCGGUGACCUUCGACCCGAUUUUGGUCAAGGACGAAGACGACAGUAACAGCGGCGCGGCGGACACGAAGUCCGACAUCGCGGAAUAUUGCGGCAGGCCUACCGAAACGACGACCGUCACCACGACCAGGACCACGACCACGACCAUCAAGACGGAAGUGGUGGUCAAUUGCGGCGGAAACAAAGGUACUCGAUACUCGAUAUUUGAUUCGUCGAUUUUUAAUGUUUAAACACAAUAAUAACAUAAACUAUAGGUACUUUAAGUAUCAAGUUUUGUACAAUCACUUUAAAUUUUUAAUGUAUUUUUCGAAAAUCCGGGGGUAGAGGAGAUGAUCUAGCUUCUUUCUUUUUUCGUCCGCCUAUGGGCAAUACUUCAAAAUGAGUAAUAAUAGAUACUUUGUACUGAAACUGGAUAAUAGUUUCAGUAUCGUAAUUCAACUAACACAUGAUAUUCAACACUUGAAUGUUGAAAGAUAAAAUCUAAGAUACGUGUUCAACAUACCUGUUUCAAAGAUACUUUACAACCAAGAAUAUUAUAUUUUUUUUUUUUUUUUACAUUGAAUUUAUACUUUCAAUUUUAUUUACUAAGAAAAUUCACUUAUAAGUCAAUAUAUUGCUUGUGCAAAUUUCGAUUCUCGAAUCGUGUUCGUGUCCAUAUACGUUCGACUGGUUAUAAUAUUUUAGUUUAAUUAUAUUUUCAAUUCUCGCAGUCGUCUAAAUACUCGCACAAACAAUAAAUAACGUAUUUUAUUAACAAGAUCAAAUGCCUGUUUAUAUAUUCGAAUAAGGGGGGGGGAGAAUCAAUCAUCAGCAUAUUAUCCACGGGUAACCCCUGAACUUGUACAAUAGUCACAACUUGUAAAUGAAAUCUUUGUUCGAGUCUUGGAGUUCACUCGAUCAAAAUAAUAUUCGGGUAAGUCACAUUCAUACAAAAAAAAAAAAAACAAAACGAUUUGCUCGAAUAAAACUUAACGUAUCGACCACUUAGGUUGACUCCGAAAUAUCGUUUUGUUAUCUUUACAAUAAUAUUCAUCGUGUCGAUCCACAAUACACUAAUGUUUUCGUCUCGACUCUUUACUGCAGACGGAGUCGAAUGGCCGAAAAUCGUAAUAACAAUAUUUAUUUACGUUUAUUAUUAUUGUUAUUGCUGUAGAAUGCGACGAUAACAUCGAAAAUGGCGUACUAUUCGUAAUGAAUAAUGAUAAACGUUUUCAUGUCGGUCGUCGAUUAGGAAAAAAAAAACUCACUACAAGAAAUCAUUUCAUUCCUGAAGUUUUAACGAUUGGAGCAAGAUUUUUGGUGGAAAAGUGCUAUAAAUUUUAAUAAAAAAUGUAAAAAAAUACCAAUGCAAAGUAAAAUUAAUACAUACUCCUCGUUUCGCUCGAAAUCUAGAAUAAUAAUAGUAUAUUAUACAACCACUAAAACGGUUGGAUUUUUUUUAUAAUAAUAAUAAUAUUAUGUAUCACCUGCUCGACGUCACGGCAACAUCGUAACGUUAAACGACAAACUAAAAUCGUUGCACAGUGGCACAUUAUACUCGAUUUCAGCGUACAUACACCUACAUUGCAUAAAAGUCAUCAUUUCAGUUAAUAUACUAAUAAGUAUGCAUUAUUUAGGUAGUAAAAUGUAAUAUUCUCGAGCGAAUAUUGUAUACUCAAACCGUUUUAAAUGCAUUCAUUCUUGGUCUUUAAUAUGUAACAUGAAUAUGUUCAAACACUGCAAACUGUUCCCCAACUAUAAUUGUAUUGUUUUUUUAUUUAUUAUUAUUUCACGCGUUAUUAUAAUAACAAUAUUUAAGUGCGUAAACACUUUUUAACGAAACCGUGAUAAUAUUAUUAUGAAUCUUACAUUUUUUUAUUCUCACCCUUCUAUGACACGCAGUUUUAGUCAGGUAGGUACCUAUAUCGCUGUGUAAAUAACACUACAGUAGGAAACUUCUAGUUUAUCAACGAUGGCCAUUAUGAAAACUGUGACCAUAGAAUAAACGGCUAAAUGUUCGUAACGGUUGUUAGAAACAAGUUUUUGACAGUAAUAAUUUAUUAUAAUACGAUAAAUACGAACUGAGUUACCAUAUAGAACCUCAAUGGAACCAAGAUCUAUGGUUGAGAUUUUAAGCAGAAUUUUCGUGAUUGAGUAAACAUGGAGCCUAAAGCGCUCUCUUGUAUAAUGAACAAUAACUACUACUAACAAAUAUAAUAGAUAACGGCAACAUUCGAGUGUCGGCGAAUCUUUAGUUUGGGUAAAAAACAUAAGAGUUUUGUUAGUUAAAAAACUAUGCAAAAAUCGUUGCAGAUCAUACAUUUCAACCGUAACCCGAGUCUUCGUAUUAAAACUCAACUGCAUAUUAUUUUUGUUCACGUUGACAACCGUUGCAUUAUCAGUCACAGUUUUCGGGCGUGGUCAGUCGAGUCAGUUUAGUCCAGCCCACCGAUCGUAGUGAAAUUUAGCAAAGUUUGGCUACUGUAUCAUUUAUUAUACUUUGUCUAUAUUGCGUAUACAAAAAAAAAAAAAAAACACAACAGAGAGGCAAAAAAACUUAUCGAAACUUCGUAUCUAGCUGUGGUACGAGAAAAAACGUAUAACGAAGCCAUUUCUCAAUAUAAUAUAACGUAUAUUAUUGUAAAUCUAUUAUGCGCUUAUACGUAAACAUUCAUUGAUAUUAUCGAGUCAAAAAAAAAAAAAUGAAAACUAUAAAUAUUUUUUACACGAUCGCCUAUAAAAAUGCCACGAUGCACCCCGUAUUUCAUUGGUCAAACAAUUAAAAAAAAAAAAACGGAUUAAAAUACUAUAAAUACAAUACAUCGUGAUAGGUCGAUUCGAUUGUUUUAAAAUUUGUAUCCAGCCGAAUGAACGGGUUAAAAAACAAUUACGAAUUCGGUUUAGCGGAUUACACCGAACAAUAAUAAAAAAAAAUACUACAUACAAUUUAUAGAAAUGUCUACUGUAAUGGCUACAAUUGUAAUAACAUUUAACGACUAGCCGUUUUUUUUUUUUUGUUUUUUUUUAAUUGUUUUAACGAUUGAUUCUAUGUUUUAUUCGUGUAUAAUUAAACCGACUAUACUAUAUCCAUAUAUCCAUCACGCGUUGAUAAAGUUUUAGAUUCUGAGUGGAGGUAGCAACGCAUUGGUUUACAAUGAUGUUUAUUUCUAUUUUCUGUAUCUGUGAACAACAACUUUUCUAUUAACAAUUUUGCUCAUAUUUUUAAUAAUAACACUUUUUCAGAAAGUAAAUCUGAUUUUGAUGGUAUUUUAGGGAGUUUAUUUUUUAAUUUUUCAAGAGUUUUUGCAAUUAAUGAAAAAAUCGGAAAAAAACUGGAAAUACGUAGGAAAAACGGGAGAAUUGAUAGAUACAAAAUUAAACAAAUAUUAUUUAAGAAACUAUUAUAUUAUGCAUAUUAUGUAAUUAUUUUACCAUAAUACGACAGAUAUAUCGUAGACAAAGAACCCUAUUAACUGAACUCCGCUCAAAAUCGUUUUUCGUUAGCAAUGGUUAAUCGUUGCAUAUAGAUAUACAUUGAAUUUCCCCUCUACCUUCCCAACUUCUCACUUACAACAGUGGCACAAUGUUUUUUUUUUUUUUUUUUGUAUUUUAUCGAAACAAAAGUUUUGUCGAAAAUAAACGCAAAUAUAAAACUAUAAUUGUUCUCGUCGGAAUUUAAAAACCUAUACAUUGAAAUUCCAAUGAGAAACACGGGUACGGUUAUCGGUUUCGGUGUUGUCUUCGUGUUCUGAACCCGUUGUAAUGUCUGAACUAGUUUUAUCUCAUCGUAUUUGUUACCAUUAAAAAUCGUUAGGCGUCGUAUAAUACGCGCUGGUAAUACGUAUAAUAUUAUCGAGCGGUGGCGAGAUGAUUGGUAACCGCGCGGCCCGGUAUAGCGUUUUUUCGCCGUACGCACAACGUUGCCGCCAUAAUAUCGCGAACGCAACUACUGAUAUCUGAAUAAUUUCGCAACGGAGCACAGCCCACUUGUGUGCCGGUCGGAAUGCCCGGAUCGAGAGUACAUUGAGAGGCCUCGGGGCCAAAUUUUCAACGUGACUACGGCCGACAGACUAAUACUAUAGAUUUUUUAGAAAUGUUUACUAAUCGAUAUGGUUUAACGAAAGAAAAAAAUAUUAAACACUAUAGACAUAAACGGCGAGUGACUAGUAGUUUCUAUUGUACAACGACCCGAGUAAGUCAUCGUCCGCGGACAACGGAAAAUAUUAAAAUACCAAACGAACGUUCUAAUGUGGCGAAAACUGAGGCCCCGGGAGUCUGGUGGGUGGCCCGGGAACCACGGGAACCUUUAUCCGGACCCGUCGGCCGGUCUCGGGAUCCGUAUAGCGAACGAUGAGAAAACGUGAUCCGAUAAUAUUUGCAUCGUCGUUCGCGGAAGAUCGGACGUGCGUAAAAAAUGGCCGCCCGGGACGAUCGCUCACUCUAGCUUCCCCUCCGCCACCACUCUUCCAGACCGACGAAUGACGUCACUGUACGCUACACGGCGGGUGUGUGUGUGUGUGUGUGUGGGGUGGGGCGGUACGGUCAGUGUUUCGCGCACAAACGUCGACGCGCCGCGAUAAUAUCGCGCAGUCAUAUUACUUGUUGUACUCGGGGUCGCCGGGGUGGGCGGUGGAGGGGGAGGGGCGAUAGGCAGGUGCGACGGGCCGGAUGGCGCGCCGGGGACGUUUGUACGUAUUAUAAUAUAUUUAUACGCGACGAUCCGGCGGCGGCGGCGGCUAUUCCGUAUUAUUAAUUAAAACCGUUCGAAAUUCGUUCGUGUCGCAUAAAUAAUUCGCGCCGCCGUUCGCCCGCUGUACGUACACACGCAGCGUAAUACGCGUCGCGCCGAGCGCUGUAAUUAAUCGGACUCCGUCGCGUCCUCCGUUCACUCCCGCGCGCCGUCCGCCCCGCCGCCCCCCACCCCACAGCCACCCCCCAAAAACCACCCGGGUUCGCGAUCUCUGCGCUCCGUCCCCGUGCGAAUCGAAACGGACGCGGCGGCUUUUCGCGCGUGUGUGUACGCGUAUAUUAUGUACGUAUUAAAUUGACCCGUCCCGACGAAAUUUCAAUAAUUCACCGUUAACCACCCAUCCCGUGCGCCCGCCGAGCGCGCCGAAACCCGUCGGCGGGAGUGAAAAAACUCCGGCGUCGAGAAACCCGCCAUAGUAGACGCCGCGUCCGCGUGACCGGUUGGCCGGCCGACGACGGCGGCUCGUUCGGUGUUCCGGUUUACCGUAUCGUUCGGUUUUAUUAUUUUUUUUCUCUUUCAACCGACUUGGAUCGAAAUCCGCGAAUAAAUCGAUUCGACCCCCGCCCCCCCCCCACCCGACAAUUGAGGCAUUACCAUCUCUUAACCCGCGUCUGUACUGUCUCGGUCCGACUACGGGGUGACGUGCGAAAACAACGCUUACGCCUACGCUGGCAACACUAGCUUAAUUUGGAUUUUAGAGUAAAAUUACUCGUUAUAAAAUGUAUGGAAAAUAAUAUUUCGGAGGGAAUGCCGUAGGUGUUGUUUGUAUUAUAAACUGUUGACAAAGUUACAGUUACAUAAAAAACGGAGAAAAAAGUGUUUUGUAUCUUUUAUAUCGAGCCGUAUAUUUUGAAUAAUACAAAAUUCCUAUGACAUUCCCUCCGGAGUAUUGUCUUCUAUGAAUUUCAUAUCGAAUACUUUUACUCUAAAAUCCAAAUUAAGCUAGUUUUACUUAUUCUGUGUAAGUAUUGUUUUUGCAUGUUAUCCGGUAGUUUGACCGAAACAGUAGAUACGAGUACAACGUUCUCUUAACGUAAUAUCCUAUUAUUGUCGUUACACGACUAGAUAUCGCAAUAGUUUUUAUAAUAUACAUUAAUAACAACAAAUCAUAUUACCAAUCAGUCUAUCGUCACAGUAUUAAAAACAAUCCGAAAUUUAUCAAAACUAUUAUUCCAAUGCGAGUUACUCCUAGGUCUAGUGAUCCGAGAGUCCCGUCUUAGAAUUUACAGUUCAAGGUUAAUAAAACACGUCGUCAUUGUCGCAUAAACAUUACAUCAAUAUUUGAACCACCACUAAAGUGAUUAGACCAAAUGGUUAGAGUGGGGUAGAAUGAGAUGAGGAGUUUGAGCCUCUCUUUAUAAAUAAGAUAAAUCGAUCUGUCCAUUUUAAUAUUGAAGUCUUCGAAGUUAAGUUAUUGUCAGCGAGGUAUUUCAAUAAAAUUCAACUCGAAUCGGUUCUAUUAAAAAUAAAUGUUUUAAUACCUGUUAAACUACGCAUAACCAAACUCUAUUUUACUUUAUAUUUACUGAGCAAGCAUAUGCGAUGAACAAUUUUUCAAAGAGGGAGAGGGUGUAGUUUUUUGAAAUCAUUUAAUCAAAACUUGAAAAAUAAACAAAAUGUGGGUGGGAGAAUAACAUUUUAAAAGUCUUGUUCCGAUAAUGAGUUUUCUGAAAGUUUGAUUGAGUUAAGUUAGUUAUCGAAAACGUCUCUCAAUUUGCGAUAAAUAUACUGUAGUACCCCUCCCCUUGAAGUUUUUCCCACAUACAACCACUGGCUGAGACCAUUUGAAAUUCCAAACCGGAUGAAAUACAUAUUAUAGACUGCUUUCGAUUUCAGCAGAUGGUAAUAAGCGUAGGUAUAUAACGUUGCUUUUGCCAAACUCUGAACACCCUAUGCGCACAUACGGCGCAAACGACCUCGGUUUCGGAAUUUCAACAAGCUGUUCAUUAUCAUUAUUAUCAUUGUUACUAUUGUUACAAUAAAAUAUCGUAUUAAUGUUGCACAAAUGGUUUUUAUAUUGCAUUACCUGUACAAACAAAAUUCAAUUCGCCACAGCGAUUUAUACGAUUCCACAAUAAUCCAGUUUUCAUUAUUAUUGUUAUUAUAUUGUCGUCUGUCCAUUGUUUAAUUCACACUGUUGAUUAUAACAUAAUAAUUGGUUUUCGUUCUAGUGCACACGCCCGAAUAUAGUAAUAAUUGAAUUUCUUUGAAUCCGACAUUUUGUUUCGCAAAAUCGUGUCGUUAUCAAAACAAGUGAUGUAUUCACUAAUAAACUGGUAUAUACAAUGUAACUCAGUUUCUAAAUUUAAAUAAAUUAAAAUCAGUUAAAUAUUCUGCAUAAUAAUUACAAUUUUCGUAACUAAAGGGAGUUUAUUGACAAUCGAGAUUAUCAAAAUAUCUGUAUUUCUUUAAUGUAGCUCAGAAAAAAAUAAUCAACCAUAUAUACUCGUUAUUUUUAAAAUUAAAAACUUUACCGAAAUGUCGUGUACUUUUCGUACGGUUUUUAAUGAAGUUCUCCGAUUCUCGAAAAAAGUCGAGGGCUUUGUAUUAUUUUUUAUUUUUAUCAAUUCGAGUGCUGGCCAUUUUGUAGUGGACAAUAUUAUGUACAUAUUUUUUUAGGCAAUACACGCGAAAAAAAUCAGUGUUUACAUACUCUAAAAGUAUUCAAGGACACAACAAAAAUAUUGUGUAAACAUCGUUGUGAAAGCAAUAUAACGUAUUCUUCGAUCCACACACUCGAAAUCUAAAACUCGUAUUGUUGAAAAAGUAUUAGUAAAUAUAUACAUACAAGUUAUAUAGAUACUCUUUGGAAAUUAAAUUAAUUUGGUUUCUUUAUAUAUUAGAAACGAAAUAAAGUCUGAUAAAAAAACACAAUCGACACGUUAUUUGUACUUUCGCGUAAAAAAUACCACCUGAAAAUGGAUGUAUAUAUAUUUAUUCCGGCCAAUUUCAGUGUAUAACAAAAAGUGCAUUAUUUACCUGAUUAUCAUGUACUUUGCAGUAAUAUUAAAUUAAUACGUGAUGACCUAUCAGCUAUAAAAUAGUAUCAAUCAAUCAUAUUUAUCAAUAUAAUCUCGUACAAAUUCUUUUUCUUGAUAUUUUUUUUUUUCUGUUUUCUAAGGACUUUCUUAUGUUUCUAAUACAGUCAUUUAUCUGUCUCGAUUAUCCACGCAACAUUUUCUCUACUAACUUAAAAUAAAUUACUCAGUGAAAUAACAAUUUUUCAUGUCAACUUGUUAUAUUUCGUUAAUAAUAUCACGUGACACAAUUUUUUUUUUGAAAAAAUAAACUGUUGUCCUCGAAAAAUAAUAUGGAUUAUAAUCGUUUUGCCACGAUAUUACGACGUGUUGUUUGAAAUAUUAAUAACGAACCGUUGAGAUUUUUUUCUCUCGUCUUUAAUAUAUCUAGUAUGAGUUUUUUUUUUUAGAUUGCGAACGAUACGAGCUAUAUUAGUUUUACGAUAUUAGUGUCCCAACCUCCCGAAAACAUUUGUUCGGGCAGUAAAUGCACGUUUGAAAAGUUUAGCGACUUUGUACACAGAUAUUAUGAACGCAUCUGGUACCUUUUCAUAUAUAAACAGCUAUGUACGCCUUUACAGAAAAGUAAUGUCCAAGACGCCGGAUAAUAGGAAAAAAAAAAUACGAAUGUUGCGUAAAGGACCUUUAAAUUUAUCGAUCUGUACGUAAAACGAUCGUUUAAAUGAAAUUUGUAAAUUUAAAACGCGCAGUGCCUGGUGUGAAAUAUUUCUUAUAGCACCGUUUUAAAAUCCUUUGGAUAAAUACGACUGUAUGGAUUUGAAAAAUGAAGGCGGAAAAAUUUGAGUUUUGCAAAAACGUAUUUUUAUAUUAUUUGUUUAUACUCAUCAUCUAAAAAUGAAAUAGCAAUCAUAAAAAUGGGAGAUAUUCAAAAUUUGUCCUAAAUAAAGAAAAGCAUUAGAUAGCGAUGUACAUUAUCACCUUUAAUAUUUAAUGCUUAUAUUCAAAAGGACAUAGAUACUAUAAGAUAUAGAACACAUCCAGGAAUAAAGGUAAAUGGUUACAGAAUAGACAUGCUGAGAUUCACAGUCGACAUUGCAAUAAUAGCGGAGAAUGAAAAAGAUCUAAAAAAGAUUUUAGGAAUAUUGAAAUAGGUAAUGGAAAAAAAAGUCUUAGUAUGUAUUAGAGACAAUAACAUAAGAAUAAAAUUAAAGGAUGAUGAAACUACAGAACAAGUAGAAGAUUUAUAUAUAUAUAUUCGGGUAGUUCUAUAAGCUCAGAUGGAGAUACAAAAAGAAAAUCAUAAAUGAAUAUGCCAAGCUAAGGUGGUGUUUAAUAAGAAACGAAGUCUUUUUACUUCAAAAACCAUUGACCUUAACAUCAGAAAAAAUCUACUAAUAACGUAUAUACGGAACAUUAUGUUAUAUGGAAACAUGGACUAUUGCAAGAGAAGAAAUAAGAAUAAUAGAAGCAUUCGAAAUGUGGUGCUACAAGAGGAUAGAAAAGAUAAGUUUGGCUAAUAGAAUUACAAAUGAAGAAGUAUUAGAAAGGGUAUCUGAGAGGAAAUCAAUAUAAAAGAGUAUACUGAAAAGGCGAAAUGAAUUAAUAGGUCAUAUUUUAAUAGAUAAUGGGCUGCUAUGAUAAAUCUUAGAAGGAAUAAUCGAUGGAAAAAAUAAAUGAAGACCAGGAUUGCAAUACAUAAUUAAUUGCAAUGUAUUUCAUACCAAUAGUUGAAGAAGAAGGCUAGUGAUAGAGAAAAAUGGAAGUUGCUGCAAACCAAUCAUUAGAUUGAAUAUUGCAGAAGACUCAUCACCCAUAUGUAAUUUGAAUUAAAUUUGUUUUAAUAUUUGUUGUGCCUUACAAAUGCUUUCUAUUACUGUUUUACAUCUAUAAUGAUGUGCACUAAUGUACGAGAAUUUUAUAGUGAUGCAUAAUUACAUAAUAUAAAAAUGCACGUUUAGAUAUCCCGUUUUCAUGCCUAGUAGCGAUUUUAAUAUUUAAUUUUUGUUCUUCUCAAAGACGGUUUAUACCCGUAGGUGGUACAUAAAAGCUUUCUCACGUCCUAUAUUUUAUUUUAUUUUUUUUUACAUAAAACUCCUCUCAUUUUCUUGUACAGCGGAUCUUUCCGCCCACCGGUCAAAAGCAUUCACGGAUUCCGCUUCUUUGAAGUCUUACUUUGUAGUUAUAAACAAUUAUGUCACCGAACAACGAUAACGUGUUAAAAAAAAACCUCCCCCUUAUAAUCUUGACCGAACAAAAACCGUGUCGUAAUAAUAUUUUUGUUUAAAUAACAAUAUCAACACGAACGACCGAGUAAUACUCGUAUUUCAAUUUUCAUUGUUUUCCCAUGACCAAAUUAAUUCCUUGUCUUUGAUAAACAGUGGUUAGGUACUUAGAAAUGAACCAAAUUAAAUUUUCCCCGACUCGGUUUACUAAUACCAUUAAUAUUCUCAGGUUCUAUAAGUGAUAGAUUUUACGAUUUUCAGAUUUUAAAUCAGAUACGAUUUCUAAUACGCACAGACGUUCCUCGAGACUGCAAAUCGUAACACUGAAAACCGCAUGCAAAUCCGUUUUCUAGAUGACCGCGUCUCAUCAAACAGUUGCUUCAGGGGAUUUAAUAGAUAGUUGAAGUUAGGUUUAUUCACGAAACAAUUCACAAUACAAUUAUUCGAUUUUUUUUGAUUUUUUUAACAUCGUUUACAUUAAUUCGAAGUUCCAAUUCUUACUAUUUUAAUAAUAAACAGUAUUAUACACAAACAUAUUCAAAAAUAUAAAUAGGUUUUUUUUUUUUACCUUUAUAUCAGAAAAUCAUUUAAAAAUAUGUUGAUCGAUAUUUUCUCCAGUCAACAUCGUUUAACAUGCGCAUGUAUAUUCAUUUUUUUUUAACAGAAUAUUAUUUUCGAUGCAGUGUACCUUGAAUAAAUAUCGAUUUUUUUUUUUUUUUUUUUUGAGAUUUUUGAUCUGUACGAAAAAUCGAAAGACUUUAUUUUUUGGUUUAUAGAGAGAGAAUAUUUCUUUGGAAAUAUCAUUGUAAACAUUAAUAUGGCUUGCAAUAUGGCUCACUUUUAAAAUAAUGUUAUAAUUAUAUUUUCCCGUUCGUCCGAUAGUAUCACUGUAGGUCAAUGUACUAUUAAAACAUUCACACAAGGACAACGAUAUUCGAUUAAAAGCUUGAACAAAUACGGAGUGAUCCAUUUAUCAUGUACCAGCAAUUUAAAUUAAUUUGAAGUGUGUUGUUUCAAUCGUUUAAGCUAUAUUUUAACACUGUUCCCAAAUGUUCAAUCCGACUUCUUAUACUUUAAAUGACUACACAAUUUUGGAAUAACCAACUGUAUAACCAUUUUUAAAUGUUAAAUAUUACUACAGUUAUAACAUUUCCUGUAAUACUCCUAUCUAAAUUUGGACCGUCAUAACUCGUAAACGAUAAAUCCAAUAUAAUACAAGCGGUGUGCGUAUCAACAUUUUUAGAAAAAUAUUUUCUAUUUGAAUUUAUGUUUAAAAGGGGGAGGAGAUUCUCGUUUUAAAAUCUAAAGUACAUACUUAUUUAAAGCAUACGAGGCAUAGGGGUAAACAUUUGAAAAUGGCGUCAGAAUAAUGUUUAAACUAUUUCAUAUAAUGAUCGAAACGUAUAAAAACUGAAAUCGAAUUGGUCUUAAAUACUUAACGAUAAAUGGAUCGCACGCGAUACGGUUGAGUCUGCCACGCUCGCGGCUGUUGCGAAAAAAAAAACCGUUCGAUUUAUUCGAGAUGAGAGAUUCCGCCGAAACGACGAACAUUUCCGAUUUGAAAUAUUAUACACUUUACAUUUAAACCGCGCGCUUACGAUCCUCUGUAGAUUACAAUAAUAAUAAUAAUAAUAAUAAUAAUAAUAAUAAUAAUAAUAUAUUAGGUACACGAGGCGGUUUACACGGAGAUGGGCUCUGUCACGAUAUUUACGACGGUCGUUUGGAAACCAUAAACUUGCGUGGCUCGCAGUCACGAACGUUUCGGAAACGCCUUAUAUUAUAUUAUACAUUAUUAUACAUGUACAGUGUACAUGAUAUUGUUUCCGAUCGGGAUUGUGCGUUAUUAUUAUUAUUUUUAUUACGUUAUCUCUCCGCCGGCCACCCGCCCGCCCCGCCACGCCCCACCNCCCCCCCCCGCCCCGCCACGGCACUCGCAUUUCUAUCUCUCAUUCGCCGCCACCUCCCUUGUCUCGCUAUCUUUCCGUUUGUAACCCGAAGACGAACACGAACUUCCGUAAUCGAUUAUCAAUCGACAUAACGUUUUACGCCACCGCGUGUAAUACACCACCGUCAUGAUAUACCCGCGCGCUUAUAAUAUCUUUGGUCGUUAUUAUAUUAUUAGAUAUAGGUUAGGUUAGGCACGAUGUUAUAUUGUUCCGCGAGUCAUAUCGACCGUUUUCUACGUUGUGUGCAGACACAACGCACAAUACACGGUAUUAUAUAACAGGUAUUUCCGACUCGAGUUCAAUAGCAGCUAUAGUGACUUACAACUGUUGUAAGCAGCGUUGUGUUUCGUAUAGAUAAAGUUUCAAGCAAUCCAUCCGGGUGAGCUAUUCCAGUAAUAAUAUUAUUGUCUAAACGAAAACGUUUAUUUUUAAAUUUGCAUUCUCUUAUUUCAAAGGCCUGUAGUGUCCUUUGUACAUAGCGCGUAUAGAUGGUUAUUGACGAAUUAAUAAUUAAAUAAACCCGUUAAAUUAAGUUUAUUUCCAGUGUUCCACUGCGGCAGUUUCUUAUGAAAAUACGGCGUCGAAACGAAAAUCUCGGUUUUAGAAAAUACCAUUGUCCACCGUAUGCAAUAAUAUUAUUAUAUUGAUAGCGGUAAUAUCGCAAUAUAAAUACAUAAUAAUUUCACUCUCCUAAACGCGAAAUUUUAUAAAAAUUAUGCGGAAACCAGCUAGAUUCUAGAAGCUAGACAAACUAAGAGUAAAAACCAAUUAUAAUAUUGCGUUGUUGACGGAAGUCUAUAAACGAAAACAAAUGAACUCAAAUCCAUGCGAUAUUAUACGUGAGAACUAUUAGUUUUCAUCCGCAAGCCAUAUUAUUAAUGUGGAAAAUCGAAAUUUUCGUCUACGAAUUGAAACAUAUAGUUUUUCCGCUUUUUUUUGUAUGCAGAUCAAAAAUCUAAAUGUAUUUGAUAUUUGUUCAGGUUCAUGGUCCAUGAACUGAUUCAUAUUUUAAAUGCACUUUCUUGGGGCUGUGAAAUAAUAACGUUUAAAACGGUAAAAACUCUUUCUAACGAUACUCUGUUCAACGAAUAACUGUAUGUAACGUAGACAUUAGUUAAUAAUGGUUAAUUUGCUUUAUCGCCCACGCAUACAUUUUUUAACCUUCUUAAUUGCGAAAACUCUCUAUAACAAAAGAAAUCUCUUGGUCUCUAAAUAUUUGUUACAAAGAGUUUUCACUAUAAUAAUUAUAAUCGUCGGUUGUAAAUACAAAGACGGUUUUUUUACUCGGUUAUAAUAUUAAAACUGCACGGCUUCAAACCCGAUAAACAAUUUCUGUUUUGUUUUUGAUUUUAUUAACGUUCUUAAUUGUAUUUUUGGUUAUUAAUUUCAGUAAAUUAUUAUUUAAUAUCAUUUUACCUUAUUUUCUUUUGAAUGUUGAUUUCGAUUUCGGUUUUCCACUAGUGUUCGAUACUGGUUUCAACAUUAACUAUCACAAACUGCCAAACAAAAAAUAGAAAAAUCCAAAAAAAAAAAAAAAGGACGGCCGUAUUUUAUCAUGUAAAUAAAUAUGAUUAUUUCCUUCCGGUUCAAUUGCUCCGCCGUUGCCGUGUCGAGUUCUUUAAUCGCGUUUUCUUACCUUCUGUAGCAAUUACCGAUAACUAACUCGCUGUUGCCGUUUCGCAACAAAGAGAUGAGCUUUUGGUUUCUUUUUUCUUUCUUUUUUUGAUCCCUUUGAAUCGCUGCAACUGCCUAUUACGGUCGUUCUGAGCUUUUUUUUCCAUCUUAAUAAUUGUUACCCUUUGCUCUACAGCAGUUUAUUUCCACGGUUCAGUCUUUCCGCACACGUAUAUAAUAAUAUGAUGAGCUUACGUAAUAACCAUAAUAAUAUAUACGCACUUUCAUUGCGAAAUCUUCCUUUUUUUUUCUUUUUUUCUUUUUUUUUUACGCCACAUUAAUUUUCUUAUCCACGCAGAGGUUUCGUUAUAUAUUUUCGAUUUUUCCGUAUAACUUCGUUUUGUUUUAAUGUAAUUUACGCGAGAAAAUUAUAUUAUUCAAUCUGAUUAUGCGUUUUUUCCGCACAGCAUUAUUCACCACCAACGUUGCAUGCGUAUUAUUUAUUAUAAAUUGCAUGCAUUCACAAAUCAGCCGACCAAUGAUCUAAAUUACGGGGUGUUUUUUUUUUUUUGUUUUGUUGUUCUCGUCAUUUUCGGAGUUAACUCAACUUAGGCGAACAAAAAAAAAUAUCAACAAACUAAUAUACAUGUAUACACUUUAAAACAUAUAAUAUUACCAAUAUAAUUUACUAUAAACCAGAGAUAUUCUCGUAGGAUUUAAGGUGAUUUUUUUUAAUUUUAUCAUUGUGGAACUGUUAAAGUUUAUUUUAAGACUACUUUUGAUUUUUACCCGUAAAUAUCGGAUUUACGAGUCAUACCAGUUUAAAGUUUAGGCUGGAGGAACAAUAGAAAAAGGUUAUCGAUUUAUUAUCUAAAAUGAAUAUGAAGUUUACUACACUUUUACGUUGCUUCAAUUUCGAUAUUACGCAGUUAUAACUGCAUAAAUCACCCUGUGUAUCAUUUAUGGUACUCCAAAUGAACGUCUUUUCAAAACAUAUUUUGCGUCUCAGAUGAAAGGAAAUAAGUUAUAUUGUACAAUAUAAAGGUGCAGUUAUAGUUUCGGUGGAAUGUCGCCAAAUCGCUUAACAACACGAAAAUAGACGAAAACCAUCAUAAAUAUACACGUUAUUAUAAUAUUUUACAAUACCGUCGUUGACCCGAAAAAAAAGAAUGUGUAUUUUCGGGUUUUUAUGCUGGGUAAUUUAUUUUGCUAGGAAAAAACGAGGGUGCUGAAUUCAACGGUAUACAUAAAUAUUUAUCAAGUUGGCACCGACAAAGUCUCGGAAAAUUCAGAAAUUUUACCCAGAAUUCACCAUAAUAUGUUUAUUUGUAAAAUGAAAAUAGAUGGCAUUCAAAUUAAAUUUUGAAAAUUGCCUGUAGCAAACACUGAAACUGACGAAUUCUGAAUAAAACUCCAGAAAGUUACUAAUAGAAUUUAUUCGAAUAUUUGUAUAUUCAAAUACUCUACGGGUCUCAAAUGGACGUUUUAAAAGUACCGCGAUUGAAUAUUUUUAAAAUACACGUAUGAUGUGUGAACGCCGACGGACAGGUCUUAUUUACAGGCAAAUUUAUUAUUUUUUUUGUGCUUAUUGGUCAAUUGUUCUGUUACCCCGACACUGAAUUUGUACUAAUAAUAUGUAUAGAAGACCAAGCGUAGCUCAAACUAUUGAUCACGUUUAUUGUGAAUAGUAUCGCGAACAUCGUAAUUAUUAAUAUUCCAGUUAAUAUAUUCCAUUUUGUAUUACGUUUCAACUGUUGUUUUGAUUUUAUUAUUUUACCGAACAGCUUUUCGUCUUUUGAGUCAUAUCGCAUAUUAUAUCCGCCCAUUAGUGUAAUAUCGGCAUAGAAUUAUCGCGGGCCACCGAGUUUUGUUCGGUAACUCGCCGGCACGAUCCGGCCCCGGUAAUGAAAUCCGAACACAAUACGUUUCCGUACGAUUUCAAUGAUAAUACAUUACAAUAUAUAUUUCAUAUACUUUUUCGUAAUUUUUAGACCUAGUGUUUAUAACCGAACUUCUCAGAGGGCGAACUGACCGUCCGGAUUAUUUCCUACGUUUAAAAUUCAAAGACCCGUCAUUCAAUUCAAGACACAAAACGCUAUUCGAUAUUCCAUUUGUCUGUACCGACUAUACGCGCAAAACAGUCCGGAAAGUUCUUGAUCUACGUGUAACGCUCGAAACGCAUGCUGUCGAUCAGUUAACUAAACUUAGAAAUAUUGUUUUUGCCAACGGUUAUUAAUAUAUUAUCAUUUCGGUUAUUAGUUUUAAGGUUAAUUAAUGUAAAAUGCUUACAUACCCACAUGCGGAGGUUCGCGAAUAAAAUAACGCCCGUGGACCCGACUAUACGCGUUCGCGUAAAACGGUUUUUGUGUCGGGCUCGUUUUCGCAUACCAAAUGCCGGUGCGUAAAAAUGCGAGUUUCCCCGGGUUUCGAGUCGGAGAAUAACAAUUUUUACUUUACGGGGAAAUUAAUCACCGCGCGCUGUAUACGGUAUAGUGUCUCCUCUUGGCCGCGCACAUUUAAGACGCGCAAAAUAAAACGGAAUCGUUUAAUCGUCUCCGCGAAACGCGUAUAAUAUCGUGUGUAUAUGCUCCGUUUAUUAUCGGUUUUAACGUUUCACGUAUACGCGCGCGUACGCGUAUCCGUCGAAAGUCGGAUUAAAAACGGUCGUAAUAAUAAUAUAUCGUAUUUUCAGUUUACAUUUAUACGUAUAUAUCCGCCCGGGACGACCACUCCGUAUAUGUAUAGUGUAUACAGAGCGAAUGAAAUUUAAUGCAAGUGCCGGAUUCGACGAUACGCUACGCGCAUAAUUGCUCACGGGAAACCGCCCCGAAUCUCGCAGCCGUACGGCCUGUAUGUACCUAACCAGCCGGUCGGUUGUGCGUGUUUUCGGUGCGAUGACGCCGAGACGUCGUAACAAUUCCGUUUCGGCAAAAUUCUAUAAAUCGGAAACGUAUUACUGUUUGAACGGCCCUCGGUUAGUAUAAUUUACGGUCGAAUAUUUUAUGACGCGAAUAUGUCGGACCCGGGCAAUUCCUAAAACCUCAUCGCGUCAAUAGCGAAUUUCAUGGCGGUGGGGUAGGGGGAGGUCGGGUUUUAUAGAAUUAUUUUUACGCGAUUGCUGAAACGUCGUACAUUUUCGAAAUUUCCGGACGAUCGCUUUUCAAAAACAAACAAAUUUUAAGACAAACUCGGUUUUAAAAUCGUUUUCGUUUUGAGCGGUUUGAAUUUACGCCGCGGUACACACGUUGUGACGACAGUGAAAAAUCCGUCCGAUCACCGAUCGACAUCAAAGACGGAUGUUGAAUUAAUUGAUCAUCACAUCAGCUGUGGUGGAGGGGUCUCGGCAUUUAGUACCGAUUUUACCGUACCCAUAAACAAAGUCAUUCAUGAUUGACACUUCAAUCUACUGCUGAAAUUCGUGUAGUCAUCUGCGGUGCCAAAAAUAUAAUAUGCAUAGAUAAUAAUAUUACCUAUGUACGAUUAAUUUUAAAAUUCAACAAUAAAGCUAUCUUUCUAUAUAUGUUGUCAGUGUUGUGUCAUCGUGAUUGACAAUUGAUUAAAAAACUUAAAACUCCGUAUAUUUUGAAAAAUAUCGAUAAAAUUAAUUAGGAAUUUUCGCGCGCGGAGGGACAAAACUUUCUGUGGCUUAACAAUUUUCUUGGAGACCUAACCUCUCCUAAGUCUCCCUUAUAUCUGCCAAUGCCGACACCGAAUUUUAAAUAUUAGGCAAAUAUUUGGUUUUUAAAUACAAUAUUUUGAAAGUAUGCUAACCGUUAGAAACUUUUAAAAAAAACCCACUUUUCUUCGAAUUUUUCGUUUUGAAAAAAAUUAUUUUAAAUUUCAAAUUUGAACCAAUUAUAUAAUUUAAGAUUGUAUUAGAAUUUAAGAAUGUUUUAGAAUGACGUUUAUUUAUUUUUAUAUUAUUAUUUUUUUUUAUCUGUAAAAAGCUUUUCUACCAGCAAUUUUGCUCUGAUUUUAAAUUAUAGCAGUUUUUCUGAAAGGAAAUCUAACUGAGGUGGUACCUUAGAGAGGUUAUUUUUGAUUUCCCUAGUUUUCCUAAUCGAUUGGAAAAACCAGAAAAAUGGAAAAACAAGUACAAUAUUAAACAAAUAUUAUUAACGAACAUAUAUAUUGCAUAUUAUAUAAUUAUUUUACCACAAUAUGGUAUACAUAUUAUUGACAAAGCAACACUAUUAACCGGACUCCGCUCAGAAUCGUUUUUCGCUAGCAACGGUUAAUCGCUGUGUGCAGAUACGCGUUAAAUUUACCAUCUACCUUUCCAACUUUUUACCUACAACAGUGGCUCAAUUAUCGUGCGAAGUAUAUCCGCAUCUUUUUAAGAUAUUUCAGUGAUACAAACAUUGUAUUUAACAUUCUUUAAUGCACUUUAAAGAAAAAUACUUUGCGAUAAUAACACGAACGUUUAAUCACAGAAUUUAGCUUUCAACUACGUUUCAUCAUACAAUACUACCGAAUUUUGAUUUAGUGCAGUUUUACAUUGCAAUUUAAAAAUAUGUAUACAUUAAAAGUAAGACCUAAUAUAGCAGUUUUCGUGACAUUUCAUCAUAAUGCCACAUAAACAAAACUGUUAACCACCGCGAACAAAAUUAUGGCUAUUUCGAUUUUUUUUAGGAAUACGAUUUAACACAACGUAAUACACCGAAAUACUUGACAUGUGUGAAUUUCCCGUCAGUUUUCUAAAAACAGAGAUAAAUCCGUGACCUUGAAUUUGACCGCGAUACCAUUAGUGGCGGUUUAAAAUUUUGUAGAAAAAACGGGUGCGACACCGAUGGUAUACCGAACCGAAAAGUGCCAAAUGUUGAGUUAUGGCAGGUUUGUUCGAAGGGCGCGCAUUUAUCCAACGUGAUGUAUAGGAUAUGCGGGAGAAUAUUUGACGGCCGCAGUACGAACUGGGCUUUAUAAGUAAAGCCAGAGUAAGCUCUGGCGUUUUUGACCUAACUACGUAAUAUUAUACGACUCGUACAAUAUUAUAAUAUUAUUCGUAUUGUGUGCUUACUACUGUUAUUUGUACGACGUGUGUGCAAGGGAGACCCGGACCGGCCCAUAAAUCGUGCACGGCGGUUAUUUAUUUUUUCGUCCGGUCAAAUAUCGCAAGAAAAUAUUAUUAUGUCCGUAUAUAAGCAGCGUUAUAUAUAUAAUAUACCUACGUCGACGAUUUUUCGAAAAACGAUAAAUCUCUCGAAGACUAUAAUAUCAUAACAUAUAAAACUAAUAAUACUAUGGCUGUGACGUUAUACACUCGCCAACUUAUCGGAAAACGAUAAAAACCGAAUAUAAGUUGACCAAGUCGACGAUUCUCCUCUCCCUCAUCACCCCGCCCACCAAUCUGUUUGACUGUAAAUAGUGUUAUUAUUUAUUUCGACCAAAUUGUGUGUACCGAAUCGAAAGCUGUAAGGUCUAAUGUCGGUAAGGUCAGUUCUGUAAAAUAAUCGAUUAUUUACAAAGCUCAUACUAUUAUUGUGGCUAAUUUUUUUUUUUUAUUCUGAGAACAACAAUGAGAAUAUCGUUAUUACUAUCAUGAAUAACUCGGAAAAAACGUUGAAAAAAUGAGAAAAUUGACGGCUCUAUAUUGACGGCUUCAUUAUUAUCGAUUUUGUGUUUUUGUUGUAAUAAUUUCUUGUAGAAUACUAAUUAUUAUUACAUUAUUUGGUUUUGAAAUGGUUUUAGCCAAGCAUAAAAUUGUAUACGGGGUUCAUUAUAUGUUUAACUUAGUUUUCCAAAAAAAGAGGAAGCAGUUUAGCGUUAUAUAGUAUAUUUUUUCUAUAGGCUUUUUUAAGUUUAAAUCAGAAUAUUUCAAAUUAUAUUUAAUCGAAAUUUUUGUUUACCUCGUGAAACCAUAAUAUCACCACGAAAUUGUCCUUAUCGCGGCCACUUUAUCAUAAAUCGAUAAAACUAUAAUGCCAAUAGCAAGUAAUUAUCUCUAAAAUGACGAUACCAAUAAAGAAUACAAGCAAACUUCCCGAGGCCCGAUUCCUUAACCCAAAGGUUCGAGAUGUAUGCUUUUCGAGUCCACCGUAAAAAGCAAAUAUAAUCAAACAAUUUACAAACCCACCCUUCGACCAGUACGGCUCUUUUUAGUAUUCGAUUUUGUUUAGCAAUUUAAUGUACUCUAAUGUUAAUAAAAUAUAAAUUUCGAUAGUAUUGUAAUAUUUAUUAUCUUCUAUUUACGGUUCGUUUGUGAAUGUAAAUUAUUAGAACAAUUUAUUAAUGUCACUGCAUUAUUUCCGUGCAAUAGCAAGUCCGUAUUCAAUGGACUCUGACGGUCUGGUCAAAUUAUUCCAACAUGGAAGGAUAUUAUAAGGAAUCGAAUAAAACUAUAAUAGUAAUAAAUUAGAAAAAUAAUUGCAAAUUCGAUUUUGAAAUUCGUAAGUCGUUAUUUUCGUGAUGGCGAUAAAUGAAAACGGCCGGGCAACUUAACGCAGCCACUCUCCCCCACAGAGCGUUGAAAUCGGUAUCAUUAAAAUCCUUAUAAUUAAAAAGUAAUUGCGAUGAAUCCAAACAAAAACCGUUAACCGUAUAGUACAUAAUAUUGAUAUACGAUCAAUUCGCUCGGAAUCUAAAUAAAAAAAAAAAAAAAAAAAAAAACGAUACGAAAUACGAGUUACGCGUUUUUAUAUUUUCUUAUUGUAUUUCGUUAGUGUUUUCGAGUCGCGCGGCACUGCGUAGACACCGACAGCGCCAUCCGAUCAGUGGACGCGACACCGUGUUCGACCGUUUCUCCAUUUCGGUGUCUUCGCCGUCGCCUUUUGUUCGUAAAACUGCAUCGCGUACGGCCUCUGCCCCGUCACGUGUCCCGACCGGUGGCACCGUAAUAGUUAAAAAAAAAACACUCGGGCAAACAACUAUUUUACCGGUCCGCUUCGAGCGUAACGCACAUAUCAAAUCACUCGUAGAGUACUCUGUUCAUUAUGGUUAGAUUUUCUGCAAACACUUACUCAUAUUGUGUACGAUUUAUAUUUCCCGUCGCUAGCACCGCCCGCCCGCCCACCGGCAAAACAAACCGGUGUCCCCGAUCCGUACCCCGAGUUCGGCGCCACCGGUCCUGACCACCCCUCUCUGCCCCGCACCCUCGCAAUAUUUUCUCUUCGGUACCCCUUACUAGGGACUACGCCCACGCCCCGUGCACUAUGACGCCAACCGGGCCGCACCGUUUUAUUAAUGUUUGCCGUUUUUUUUUUUUGUUUUGUACGACAGCCCGAUACACGUGCUCGGACUGCGGCAAGCACUACGCGACGUCGUCGAACCUUUCCCGGCACAAGCAGACGCACCGGAGCCUGGACUCGCAGUCGGCCAAGCGGUGCAACGUGUGCGGCAAGGCGUACGUCAGCAUGCCCGCCCUGGCCAUGCACCUGCUCACGCACAAGCUGUCGCACGCGUGCGGCGUGUGCGGCAAGAUGUUCAGCCGGCCGUGGCUGCUCCAGGGCCACCUGAGGUCGCACACCGGCGAGAAACCGUACGCGUGCUCCCAGUGCGGCAAGGCGUUCGCCGACCGGUCCAACCUGCGCGCGCACAUGAUGACCCACUCGAGCGACAAGAACUUCGUGUGCCAAUGGUGCCACAAGUCGUUCGCCCUCAAGUCGUACCUGAACAAGCACCUGGAAGCCGGUUGCGCGCCGGCGGCCGUUUUGGCCCCGUCCACCGUGACCUCGUCGGCGGCGAUCGCGACCGUCGACGAAUAA